GACAUGACUCAGCAACAUUCCGGUCCAAACUCACUUUUUGCCAUUACCAUUUGGAAAAUAUAAAUCAGCGAAAACCUGAAAACGCGCGAGCCAAAUUGUAAAGUCUAGGGUUUUCUGAAUCGACUCGGAGGGAAAUUCAAAAAACAAAAAAAUUAAUACAAAAAUCUAAACUUUAUUUUCCCCUCUUUUGCAGAGACGAAAGAACAGGAUUCGUUCAUGGACCGUCUUCGUCCUAGAGCGAAGAAAGUCUUUACAGGCUUCACAAAGGCAGAGUUUGAUGUAAAUUGGUAUGAUGUUGAUGUGUUACUUGCUCACAGAUGGUUAAGUUCCGGUGAAUCUGAAGUUCGUGUCAGAUAUGUUGGAUUUGGAUCCGAAGAGGAUGAGUGGAUCAACAUAAAAAAAGCAAUACGAGAGCGUUCUGUUCCUAUCGAGCAUUCAGAGUGUCACAUGGUUAAGGUUGGAGAUCUUGUCCUCUGCUUCCAGGAGAGGAGAGACCGAGCGAGCUAUUAUGAUGCUCACGUAGUAUAUAUCCAGAGGAGAAUGCAUGAUAUAAGAGGCUGUAGAUGCGUCUUCUUAGUUCGCUAUGAUCAUGAUGAUACUGAGGAAAGAGUUCUUCUGAGGAGAUUAUGUCGUAGGCCAACUUACUAGAUUCUUUUCAUCCACUGCUCAAGUUAUUUUUCGCAGUUACUCGGCUGGCUUUUUUGCUUUUUCAAGAUUCAGCUGGCUGAGGAAAUUGGAAUCCUCGACGCGCGCUUAAACCACUCGAGGAACAAAGGUUCGCAACAACUCAGCAAGUUUGCCGUUGCUGAUACUUUACUGUAUAUCCAGUGUCAAUAUAGGGGGGAUUGUUCUAAUUAGAUUGUAUUCACCUGUAUGAAGGAUUCGUCUAAAGGAGCCACAUAGGAAGCCUUUUCGUCUCAAAACAUUGGUCGUCUCUACUAAUUUUUGGACAA